AUGAAUAAUGAUAUCUGUUUUCCAAUAAAAGUCUACAUGGAUGAUUAUAAUAGGCAGAGGCGUAUAAAUCUGGACUUUGUAAAUAAGGCCCAAUUUAAUUUAGAAACAGUCUUACUUCAUUCCACAAAUUUUUGUCAAGUGACUGUAUCAUACAAACUUCGUGAAAGAAUAGUCUUCCCUUAUCUAAAUAAAAAAGAAAACUUAAAUAAAUUUGCAAUUAUGAAUCAAAAUAACAACAUUCAACUACAAAAUAACCAACAGCGAAGACCUCAAAAUACUUUUCAAAGAACGCAAAAUGUUAUAGAUCAAUCCAUCAAUGCCUUUAAUGCUGUUCAACAAUACAACGAUUUGGUCGAAGGUGGAAAUCUAUUUACUGAAUUACGAAGUUCAGAGAUCUCGAAUUCACAAUUUUCAGAUAUGUUGUUUUCAGGUGUUUCUUUCACUUAA